AUGAGUUCUCUUGCCUUUAGCGUCCUUCCUCACCCCGUCCCUGCGUCAGCAAAUCUGACAGCAUCCACUAUUUCCAUCCCCGACAGUGAGAUUGAGCGACUCAGGACGCUUCUCAAGCUAUCACCUGUUCCCGAGCCCAAUGUUUGGAACAGUCGUGACGAUGGCUCCUUUGGGAUCCCACGAAAUGAACUCAUGGAUUUGGUGAACUAUUGGGAAAACGACUACGACUGGAGAAAGUGGGAGGCCACAUUAAAUUCCAUCCCUCAGUAUAACAUUACUGUCACCGACGAUGACUCAAAAUCGUACAUGAUCAACUUCUUCGCCCUAUUCUCCAAGAAUCCAUCUGCAAUUCCUAUCCUGUUCCUACACGGCUGGCCAGGAUCCGUCGUCGAAUACCUUCCUAUUCUUCAAAAACUCCAAAGCGAUUACAGUCCUGAAACUCUCCCUUAUCACAUUAUUGUCCCCCAUCACAUUGGAUAUCCACUCUCAGACGCACCACCUCUUGACAAAGAAUUCGCACACACCGACAAUGCACGCCUCAUGUCCAAGAUGAUGCACUCCCUGGGCUUUGGUAAGAUAGGGUAUGUUGCACAAGGUGGUGAUUUUGGCGGCUGGACAGCACCUGUCAUUGCCAACAUUGACCCAGCGUGUAAGCUCGUUCACAUGAACAUGCUGAACGUCAUGCCUCCAGCUGGAGAAGAUGUUGAGGCUGGUAUCAAAGAAGGACGUUACAGUCCUGACGAAGUAGCGGCUUUUGGUAGACUCGCCGAGUUUAGCAAGACAGGCACUGCGUUCAUCCAGCUAGACGGCACGAGACCAGCUUCAGCAGGCUAUCUUGUCGGAACUAACCCUGUCGCACUUCUUGCCUGGGUUGGAGACAAGAUGAUUCAAUGGUCUGACAGAGCUCCAGACCGCGAUUUAAUCUUGACAAACGUGGCGCUAUACUGGUUCACUCGCAGCUACCCAACCUCGAUAUACGUACAUCGCAUGGCCUUUGAGAAUCCCGAGCUUCUCAUGGCCGGUUGGAAGGACAUCAAAGUGCCCUUGGGCUAUUCUUGCUUUAAGAAGGAUCUUGUCACUGCACCUGAGAGGUGGAUUAAGCAGACCGAGCAGGUCAAAUGGUAUCGUAUGCAUGAAAAGGGUGGACACUUUCCUGCACUUGAGGAGCCUGAUGCUCUGUGGAAAGAUGUACAGGAUUUUAUUGGAGGCUUUUGGGACAAGGCAGGUUGA